UGCCGCCCGGAUCCCUGCACUGCCCAGCUGACCACCUGACCGCGCCACCCCAAGAUCCCCAGCUGCGCUCGCUCGCCAUGGCCCUUUUUGGGACCCUCUUCCUAGCACUGUUGGCGGGUGCUCAUGCGGAGCUCCCGGGCUGCAAGAUCCGCAUCACCUCCCAGGCGCUGGAGCUGGUGAAGCAGGAGGGGAUGCGCUUUCUGGAGCAAGAGCUGGAGACCAUCACUAUUCCGGAUCUGCGUGGCAAAGAGGGACACUUCUAUUACAACAUCUCUGAGGUGAAGGUCACAGAAUUGCAGCUGACCUCCUCUGAGCUCCAUUUCCACCCGGAGCAGGAACUGAUAUUACAAAUCACCAACGCCUCCCUGGGUCUGCGCUUCCGGAGACAGCUGCUCUACUGGUUCUUCUACGAUGGGGGCUACAUCAACGCCUCAGCCCAGGGCCUGUCCAUCUACACCGCUCUGGAGCUCUCCCGGGGCCCCAGUGGCCAGAUUAAGGUGUCCAACAUCUCCUGCCAGGCUUCUGUCUCCAGAAUGCACAUUGCCUUUGGAGGAACCUUCAGGAAGGUGUAUGACUUCCUGUCCACAUUCAUCACCUCAGGGAUGCGCUUCCUCCUCAACCAGCAGAUCUGCCCAGUGCUCUACCAUGCAGGGAUGGUGCUACUCAAUUCCCUCCUGGCCACCGUGCCUGUGCGCAGCUCUGUGGAUGACCUUGUUGGCAUUGACUACUCCCUCUUGAAGGAUCCUGUGGCCUCCACCAGCAAUCUGGACAUGGACUUCCGGGGGGCCUUCUUCCCUUUGUCUGAUAGCAACUGGAGCGGAACCAACCUGGCGGUGGAAGCCCAGCUACAGGAGGAGGAGCGUAUGGUGUAUGUGGCCUUCUCAGAGUUCUUUUUUGACUCUGCCUUGGAGAGCUACUUCCGGGCAGGGGCUCUUCAGCUCUCGUUGGUGGGGGACAAGGUGCCUCAUAAUCUGGACAUGCUGCUGCGGGCCUCCUACUUUGGGAACAUUGUCCUGUUGAACCCAACCGUGAUCGACUCUCCAUUGAAGCUGUUGCUGCAAGUCACAGCACCACCAAGGUGCACCAUCAAACCCUCAGGCACCACCAUUUCUGUCACCGCAAGUGUCACCAUCGCCCUGGUCCCGCCGGAUCAGCCUGAGGUCCAGCUGUCCAGCAUGAUCAUGGACGCCCAGCUCAGCGCUAAGAUGGCCCUCCGAGGAAAGGCUCUGCGCACGCAGUUGGACCUGCGCAGGUUUCGAAUCUACUCCAACCAGUCUGCAUUGGAGUCCCUGGCACUGAUCCCUUUGCAGGACCCCCUGAAGGCCAUGCUGCAGGUUGGGGUGAUGCCCAUGCUCAACGCUCGGACUCGGCGUGGGGUGCAGAUCCCACUGCCCGAGGGCAUCAACUUUGUGAGAGAGGUGGUGAGGAACCAUGCGGGCUUCCUCACCAUUGGAGCUGACCUCCACUUUGCCAAGGGGCUGCGCGAGGUGAUUGAGAAGUACCAGCCCACCAAAGCCGCGGACCCGUAG